GGGCAACGACAAUGGCUUUCAACUUCACAGCAUUUACCUAUAUAAUAGCAUUGAUUGGCGAUGCGUUUUUAAUAUUCUUUGCAAUAUUCCAUGUUAUUGCAUUCGAUGAAUUGAAGACGGAUUAUAAGAAUCCCAUAGAUCAGUGUAAUAGCUUAAAUCCGCUAGUCUUACCGGAAUAUAUUCUGCAUAUAUUCCUGAAUUUAUUGUUUUUGGUAUGUGGCGAAUGGUUUUCACUGUGUAUCAACAUACCCUUGAUUGCCUAUCAUAUAUGGCGCUACAAAAAUCGCCCCGUUAUGUCUGGUCCGGGUCUGUAUGAUCCCACAACAGUGCUAUCAUCAGAUAAUUUAACCAAAAAUAUGCGAGAGGGUUGGAUUAAAUUGGCAAUUUAUUUAAUUUCAUUCUUCUACUACAUUUAUGGAAUGGUGUAUUCCCUAAUAUCCACGUAAAAACGCCUAAGCUAAAUCC